AUGAGGACAGUACAAGGUCUAAAGCUCGUGUCUCCUCCCUCCGCUCUCGCCUCUGCUGUCCCGAGCAAGCCGAGACUGCAGAGGCAAGGCGCUUCGAGGAAUCUUUUGUCUGACCUCCGCGCGACCCUGAGUGAAGGCGGAAACGUGGAGAAGAGAGUGGACUAUGCCAAGGUGGGAACAUGGUUUGGUGCUACUGUUGUAGAAGUUGCCCUGUUGUCAGCUGCUAUGUUUGCUGUGCAGACUAUCGGAGGGUACUUGCCACCAAUUGGUUACAAAUGCCUUGCGAUCCUCUUCUUCGCUUCCAUGGCAUUGAAGUCGCGCAUCUUCUCCAUCCUUGAUGCAUCCAGACCGACGAUGGGAGAAGUGCAGGAGACGAAGAGACCAUCCUGGACACCUCCACCGAUCGUGUUCCCUAUUGUAUGGAGCACCAUCGGAAUUUUGAGGACAGUUUCAUCAGUCGUAGUGUGGGAGGCAGUAGGCAGACAGAUGCUCGUCCUUCCUCUCAUCGCGAUGAUGACUCAUCUCAGUAUCGGUGAUACGUGGAACAACAUCAACAACGUGGAGCGAAGGAAAGGCUCAGCAGUUGCUGGCGUUGCGUUCGUGUGGACUUCUGUUGUGACCUGCACCUACUUGUACUGGCAGACCAUCCCCCUUGCAGGCAUGAUCCUCGCGCCUUCCGUCCUCUGGCUCAGCAUCGCGUCUGUAUUGAUCUUCAACAUCUGGAAGCUAAAUGGGUACGAACCUAUCCUCCCCUACAAAUCAGACUAG